CCGGGUUAAAUCUGGGGCGGAGGAAACUGGGCAGAGACUGGCAGAGUUAUGAAGCGCAGGGCACCCCAAGGGCGCCCUGCCAGGUCGGAGAAAGCUGGGGCGGGGUUGGCAGACUCUGCACCUAAGACUAAUCACCGGCCUUGGAGCACCUUCAGGUGGGACGUGGAGGCAAAGAUCCCAACCCUGCCCGACUUCCUGCCCGGGAGGCCCCGCGGUCUCCGGCUCUGGACAAGCGCCAGGGAGGCGUCGCCCGCCGGUGUCGGAGCGGCUUCCUGGGCGCAGUGGGCGCGGGCUGCGCGGGCGCGGAAAAGCGCGAAGCGUCGGGACAGCUCACUGGGGUGGCCCGGGCGUGCGGGCGGCUACAUGGAGGACGGCGUGCUCAAGGAGGGUUUCCUGGUGAAGAGGGGCCACAUUGUCCACAACUGGAAGGUGCGAUGGUUCAUCCUUCGGCAGAACACACUGCUGUACUACAAGCUUGAGGGGGGUCGGAGAGUGGCCCCUCCCAAGGGCCGGAUCCUCCUGGAUGGCUGCACCAUCACCUGCCCCUGCCUGGAUUAUGAAAACCGUCCGCUCCUCAUUAAGCUGAAGACCAGAACUUCCACAGAGUACUUCCUGGAGGCCUGUUCUCGAGAGGAGAGGGACGCAUGGGCCUUUGAGAUAACAGGAGCCAUCCAUGCAGGGCAGCCCGGGAAGGUCCAGCAGCUCCACAUAUUAAAAAACUCCUUCAAGCUGCCCCCUCACAUCAGUCUGCACCGCAUCGUGGACAAGAUGCAUGAUAGCAGCAGCGGGAUCCGGCCAAGCCCCAACAUGGAGCAGGGAAGCACCUACAAAAAGACCUUCCUGGGCUCCUCUCUGGUGGACUGGCUCAUCUCCAGCAGCUUCGCGGCCAGCCGUCUGGAGGCGGUGACGCUGGCCUCUGUGCUCAUGGAGGAGAACUUCCUCAGGCCUGUGGGUGUCCGGAGCAUGGGAGCCAUUCGCUCCGGUGACCUGUCUGAGCAGUUCCUGGACGACUCCACAGCCCUGUACACUUUUGCUGAGAGCUACAGGAAGAAGCCAAGCCCCAAGGAAGAAAUCAGUCUGAGCACGGUGGAGUUAAGCGGCUUGGUGGUCAAGCAAGGCUUUCUGUCCAAGCAGGGUCACAAGAGGAAAAACUGGAAGGUGCGACGCUUUGUUCUGAGGAGGGACCCUGCUUUCCUGCAUUACUACGACCCAGCCAAAGAAGAGAACAGGCCAGUGGGUGGGUUUUCUCUUCGUGGUUCACUGGUGUCUGCUCUGGAGGACAAUGGCGUUCCCACUGGGGUUAAAGGGAAUGUCCAAGGAAAUCUCUUCAAAGUGAUCACUAAGGAUGACAUACAUUAUUAUAUCCAGGCCAGCAGCAAGGCUGAACGAGCAGAGUGGAUUGAAGCUAUCAAAAAGCUGACAUGACAAGACUCUUGGGGAGCAGGACCAGGAUUCCUUCCUCCUACCAGAUGAUAGACAGGAUUUCCUGAGAAUGGAGUGUGUAAAUACUAUCAUGUUGGGCUGGGGAUGGAGCUCAGUGGAUCUGGGUUUGAUUUCCAGCAUCAAAAAAAAAAAAAAAAGUUUAACAUUAUACAUUUUGCACUGCUUUGGAGUGAGACUGCUGGAGUGAAUUCCUCAGGUGCCAGUGGUGGUGCUGUUUCCUUCUCUAUUUUCCCAUUACCAACCUGGAAAGCUAUUCUAGGACAGCCAUUAGGCAUCAGUAUCUUGACUUCUGCCCAUCAGGAUAGACAGCUAUGUCCUUGGAUCCCUUUUUGGAACUCUCUGUAUAUUUAGUUUUUUUUUAAUGUGGUGCUGGGGUCAAACCCAGUGCGUCAUGUAUCCUUUUUGAAACUCUGGCCAUUCUGUAAUAAAUAAAAUUCUACUCUUGAAGUAGCUUUCUCUGAAAUGUCAAUAUCUUAUUUUUUUCAAAUGCAAAUCAACAUUUGUUUCUGCUUUUAACUUCUAAACAAAGUUUUAUAGUUUUCAAAGGUUUCAUAAGUUGAGUAUGGAAACAUUUCAAGUGAUCUGUCACUAAGACUUUUUUUUUUUUUUUUUUUGCCCAGGAGCAUUCUACCACUGAGGUACAUUACUUUUUGAACUGCAAAUUGAAUCCAGGGGUGCUUUACCACUGAGCUAAACCUCCAGUCCUUAUUUCUUGAGACAGGGUCUUACUGAGUUUCUGGGGCUGGCCUGGAACUGGUGAUCCUUCUGUCUCAGCCUCCUUGGGGUUAUAGGCCUGCACCUCCAUUCCUGGAGAAACUUUGGUUUUAGAAUGAACACUGAGACAAAUAGGUACCAACGAACACCCCCAGUUGGGAGAUUAACCUAAAAUAGUGAAAAGUCUGUAUCAUAGUAUUUUUAAACAACAUUUUUAUUAUUUUCAAGUUUAUACAGUGAUCUGGCAUAAGCCAUUGCCAGUGUUCUUGCCAAGUACAAGUGCUUGGACUUCAAUGAAUAAAUAAAAUAUGUAACCUAUAUUUAAGGGGAGUGGCUACUUCCAUAGUGCUUAAAUAAAAACUUGUCCUCUUAAGACUGAACCGUCUCCUCUAUUAAUUUUGUCCCAUAAUAACUGACCAGGAUUGGGGAGUCCAAGCUGUUUUACCUUAUUCCUACCCUUUAAAGCACCAUUUUCUAUUUGGCCUUUUGCUAAUGUCUAAAGUCUAUUGAAUUUUAUUGCUUUAAAACAAUUUUUAAAAAGCGUUUAUUGCUUUUUGAGUAUUGAUUGGUGCUUAUCUGAAUUAAAGUACACUUGGUUUAAUGACUGCCCAAUCUCAAAAUUGGCACAAUGGUGCCUUUACAUGGGAAAUAGGAUUUCUAAGAAUUGGAAAGUAGGUGACCUUCAGCUUGAGGCAAAUCAGCGAAAUGGUACUAGCAUUAAAGCUUCUUAAAAAUCCCUACCAUUUAAAUUGUUCUUGAUGUACACGUGAAUUAUAAAUGGCUGAAGUAUGCCAGCUGAGUAAUAACUCUGCUUAGCAUGAUAGUGAUUAACAUCUCUAUAGCUCCCCAAAGUAUCUGAACAUUGUAUAAGAAUCAGCUUGUCUUGCUAUAAAAUCCAUAAAAAUAAAAGAAGUUCAAACCUUUCUAUUUCCUUUUCACCAUUUUCAAUUAAGGUAUGCACAAACAAGACUCAACCUGUUGCUAAUUUGGUUGUCAGAACUAACCAUUUGACCACAGAGGCUGAGGUGGAAUAAACAGGUAACCAUGAAUAUUUUCAAUGAAAAGGCUUUGGUGGAGAAUCAGGAUUUGGAUAGGCUGCUCAACUGUCAUUGUCUGUCCUGUUAGAGUUGUUCAGGAAUAUGUUGUUUACCUUGUCCUCAUGUAUCUUGUCCUUGUUUUAAGUCAGCAUAUAGACACUUUAGUUUAGUCUGUUCUCGUCCUCUUAUCAGUGAAACACUGAUCCUUUCUUUGGCUAGGGUCAACAAUUUACAAAAUUGUUGCAGAACUGAGCAAAAGGCCCACAUAGGAUUAAAAAAAAAAAAAUCA